UGGCAACAGGAGUACAACUCGAACCCCGAAGUUCAGAAGUUGAGCAAAAGCUUCGACAAGUUUACAACAAUUGACUGGCCGCUGGAAAGGUUGACCGAAAAUCGGAAAUACUACGAGGCUUUGAAACGAAGGACGGUUUCCGGUCCAGCGGAUGCCAUUGAUCUUAACCUUAUCAAAUCGAGAAUAUGGACUACUGUACAGAUAUGGCUCGUUUUGACCAUCACCGGGAUUGUAAUCGGCUCAAUUGCUGCAUUUCUCAGUGUCUUGACCGAAUGGCUCAAUAGCUUCAAAAUGGGGUACUGUGCGAGCAACUUCUUUCUUGAUGAGAAAUCGUGCUUGAACGAAGAUUGGAGGCAUUGGUCAAGCUUUGGGUUUGUAUCCUUCAUAAUAUUCACAGUGCUCUCGGUUUUGUACGGCGUUUUUGCGGCUUUCCAAUGUCUGUAUGUAGCACCAAAUGCUGCUGGAAGUGGAAUAAGCGAAGUCAAGUGCAUUGUUGCCGGCUUUAACCGUCCAGACUUUUUGUCGCCAAGUACUUUGAUAAUCAAAGCACUAGCACUUCCGUUUACCAUUGCCAGUGGAUUAGCGGUAGGUAAGGAAGGACCCAGUGUCCAUUAUGCGUCAUGUGUUGGUAAUGUCGUUGCCAGGUGGGUUGUGCCGUGGUUCAACGAAUCUCCACUACAGUUGUCGGAUAUUAUCACUGCCGGGGCAGGAUCAGGAGUUGCUGUUGCGUUUGGAAGUCCGAUUGGAGGUGUGCUUUUUUCUAUUGAAGAAAUUAGUAGUGGAUUGAGGUUAAACACUCUAUGGAAGAUAUUUUACACAUCAUUAGUGGCCAUUACAACGCUACAAAUAUGGAACCCAUUUGGAACUGGGCAGAUUGUCAUGUUCGAGGUUCGAUAUGAUUCUGAUUGGAUCUGGAGUGAGAUCGUGUGGUUCAUAAUACUCGGAAUAUUUGGGGGUUUAUACGGAAUUGUUAUUUCAAAAUGGAAUAUAAAAUACGUUGCGUUCAGACAGAGAUAUUUGUCCAAUUGGAAAUUUAGUGGUCCUUUUGAAGUAUUCUGGCUUUGUCUCUUUUCAGCAAUUGUUGGGUACUGGAACAUUUACAUGAGGUUGGAUAUGACGAAGGUAAUGGAAAUGUUGUUUGAUUCAUGUCGUGGGAACGAGGGUAAAACCGAUAAUGCCAUUUGCCUCAUUUCUCAAAACGGGUCGGAUACGACUAUAGCGAAAUGGUUGUGGACCUUGUUCACGUUGUUCUAUGCAACGAUAGUACGUAUGAUCUUGGUGUGCAUCAGUUAUGGGAGUAAGGUUCCUUGUGGAAUAUUUGUGCCCAGCAUGGCUGUUGGUGCGACGUUUGGUAAAAUGCUUGGCCUAUUGGUUGAGGAGAUUUUGGGCAAGACUGUUGAUGGAGAUGGCAAUGUAAUCGGUGUGCCGUCCGGGACAUAUGCUUUUCUCGGUGCAGGUGCUGCGUUGAGCGGCAUAACUGGUUUGACAUUCACUGUUGUCGUCAUAAUGUAUGAAUUGACCGGGGCAAUCAAAUACAUCAUCCCUACAAUGAUCACAAUUGUCAGCGUUAGAAUUGUUAGUGAACUUGGUGGAAUUGGGUUUGGUGGGAUUGCUGAUCAAAUGAUCAAGUUCAAUGGUCUCCCCUUCAUUGACACCAAGGAGGAGCAUGAGCUAGGUGAGGCUGUUACUGUUGGAGAUGUGAUGGUGCCGAAGGUGGUUGGUUUGGACUGCGAGGGAAUGUACGAGAGAGACAUCUUGAAGAUCAUGGAGUUUGAGAAGCGGGAGUAUCCGUUGUUGUACAAGCGGCGCUGUGUUGUCGGAGUGAUUAGUCAUGCGGAUCUAUUAGAAAUCUUUGAAUGUCUCCGAAGAGAAAAACCGAUCGACGGAAUCGUUGAGGAUGGUCAGGAGGCGUUUGAUCUCGGGAACCAGUUUUAUGUUGGGUUCGAGGUGUUAAGCAUCAACAUGAACACCUCGGUGUACACUCUUUUCGAUCUCUUUGUUGAGGUUGGGUCUCGAAUUGUGUUUGUGUACGACCGCCGCAACGUCGUUGGGAUAGUGAGCCGGAAGGACCUGAUCCGCUACGAGAACUACAUCCACUACAAGGAGCACGGGGACGUUUUUGUGAACGGGAACGACGUAGUGCUGUUU